AUGGAGAACUCCUCCCUCCCUGAAACCAAUUCCUCAUGUGCAGACUGCACUGGAAGAGGACAUGGGAGUCUGAAUAUGUCCACUACUCCAGUAAGCCCCAGGUACUACAUCACAAUGCCUGUCAUCUACUCUGUCAUCUGUGCUGUAGGACUGACAGGCAACACUGCUGUCACCUAUGUCAUCCUCAAAGCACCAAAGAUGAAAACAGUAACAAACAUCUUCAUCCUCAACCUGGCCAUUGCUGAUGAGCUCUUUACCUUGGUGCUGCCCAUUGACAUUACUGACUACCUGCUCCUGCAGUGGCCCUUUGGAGAGCUCAUGUGCAAGCUCAUCAUCUCCAUAGACCAGUACAACAUUUUCUCCAGCAUCUACUUCCUCACUGUCAUGAGCAUUGACCGCUACCUCAUUAUGGCGGCCACCACCAAGUCCAGGAAGGUGUCCUACCGCACCUACCGAGCGGCCAAGAUUGUCAGCCUCUGUGUCUGGUCCUUCGUCACCAUCAUCAUCCUGCCCUUCGCCGUCUUUGCCAAGAUACACAAGGAGCAGGGGCGCUCCCACUGCGUCUUCGUGUUCCCGCACCCUGAGAGCAUGUGGUGGAAAGGCAGUCAGAUCUACACCCUUAUUUUAGGCUUUGUCGUCCCAGUGUCCACCAUCUGCACCCUGUACGCCACCAUGCUGUGCAGACUGAGACACGUGCAGCUCCACUGCAAUGCAAAAGCUCUGGACAAAGCCAAAAAAAAGGUGACACUGAUGGUGGUUGCUAUCCUGGGUGUGUGCCUGCUCUGCUGGACGCCCUUUCACCUUAGCACAGUGGUGGCCCUCAUCAUGGACAUCCCACAAACUCCACUCAUCAUUGGGAUUUCCUAUUUCAUCACCAGCCUAAGCUAUGCCAACAGCUGCUUCAACCCUUUCCUGUAUGCCUUUCUGGAUGGAAGCUUCCGGAGGAGCUUUCGCAGACUGAUCGAUUGCAGAGCCACCUCAUAA